AUGUUUUAUCUGGAAAACGAAAAGGAAAGGAUAUGCACGAUACUUCCGCUAAUUAUUACUAUGAUUCACAAACCUCUGUCGCUCGGAUCUAUUCAAUGUCGAUCAAUCGCGGCCCUCACCCUAGCCACCAAUUCUACCAAAUUCCCUUUCAGCUCCUUCCAUGUAGCAUACCAAUCCUCUCUUAUGCCCUUGGUUCCCGAUUCCACACCCCAGAACCCGAUCUGGUGCAGUGUCUGCGGUAGAAAUCUUAAAAUCGGAGGACGCGACGAGGACCGAACCCCUAGCGGCUUGCAGCAGCGCGUCCCGUCUGCACUCCAGCAUGAAGUAAGAAACUCAAAUUCGUUUUUUGACUGCAGGCUGGGGGAAAUCGUCUUGGGCCAUUUUACGAACUCCACUGCUCGAUUAACAAUCUUUGAAUGGAUAAUAUUGAAACGGAAAAAGCUGCACACUAUUCAAAUCAUCAGCGAAACUACAAAGCUCCCAUGCUAUGUGGGGUUGCCGAAUUCAAGGUUUAGGUAUCCUUUUGCAAUUCGUGAGCCCGAGCUCGGAGUAGCAAAACUCGCCAGCAUGUCAUUCGUAAACCUGGAGGCCUCGUUGGAGCAUCGUUGGGAAGGCGACACGGGUCGGCUUCAGUUGAAGCUGAAGCUUUCGUGUCGCGUCUCGGUAGUGAGUGGUCCGGAGAUGAGUCGCAAAUUGGAAGAACUGUGGUUGUUUGAUGUGCAGCUUGGAUUUCAAGCUGGUGGAGCGAUUCAGGCCACCGUGCCGGAAGGAUUCAACAAAGUGAUUGGAGGGCCAGAUGAGCUGAUAAUACGGUUGAGAACUUCAAUGGAUGUCAACUUCCUCGCCUUCCAAUUACAUCAAAAAGGUUCGAUUUAA